CAUUACAAAGAUGAGGGCAGAUAUUCAUAUAUAAAACCCCACUACGUACCAACUAAGCUAGUAUAUGACAGAGAAUCGUGGCCAUUGGAUGUUAAUAUAUUCUAAUUUUUUUAUGACGGAAAUAAAUGAAGGUACUUUCUUUUCAGGGCUUCUCCUUGUUUCUCUAGUCGUUUUUGCCGGUAAUGGAUGGCGGCCUUCUCGUGAAGGCUGGCCGGGUUAUUUGGAUCGGGCUGGGGCCUCUGAGGCUGAUGACGGAGGCUGGUCUUCGGGUUGUGCUGGGAUCACGUUUGCAGGUAGAUGGAGGUGGACAGGCUAUCCGGGUCGUGGGUCGAGAGAUCAUGAUCCGGGUGUGCACGGGGUCGGCGGCUGCAUCGGCGCAAGUGUCGGCGGCGCUGCUGUGUUUGGGAUGGAUGAGGAAUCUUCAAUCUUCGACCUCUCUGCUUGCUUACUUGCUUAGACGAGAUGUCCCCAAGGCUGGUUACGCCAUAUGUGCCUCUUUGAUGCCUCGUGGGUAGUGAUGAUUAGAUUUUGGAUGCGCUUCAUAGGAUUUUAAAAUGUUGAAUUGCUUAUAUAAUGGCUUUUUUUACAGGUCCAGACUUGAGAUUUUGAGACUUGU